UUUAAAACGAGCUACAUUUACACGGCUAAAUAUCUAAACUGUCAUUAGUGUGAGUGGCACUAAUUGAUAUUGAUAGAAAGACGAUGUAGCUAUAAAGGCUAUUUAUGGGGUUACAUUUCUAAAUAUUUUAACUGGAUUUUCACUCAAAUUAUCCUCCCGCACUGCUGGUGGCGCUGUGCGCUAAUUGCGAGCUGAUGACGCGGUUUGUAAACACUAACCUGUCACUGAGAUGCUCUUGUGGUGUGUGUCAACUACCCGGAUAGCCGGGAGCUAGCUUACAAACGAACUUUUUUAAAUCUUAAUUUCACCUUUUAACAUCUUAUUUUUGCCGUUUUGAGUUAAUAUAUGCUGGGUUAGCUCACUCGAAUUCCCAGUUACGAUCAGUAAAUUAGCUUUCCUUGCCAGUCAUGGCUUCCUAGGGAUAAAAAAAAAAGGGUUAAAAGAAACCUUUUUACUUUUUUAUUUAUUUAUUUAUUUUUUUUACAUCUGUUUCCCCGGAGGCCAUCUGUGGCAGGAUGAUCUCUCAGGUCUUCAUCUUGUCCUCGAAGGGGGACCAUCUCAUUUAUAAAGACUUCCGUGGAGAAGCUGGUAACGACAUUGUCAGUAUUUUCUACGAGAAGGUCACGGCGCUGACCGGAGACCAGCCUCCGGUCGUCAUGGUAAAUAAGUUAUGGCUUCUUUUUAUUGAGACACGCAUACCUCUGACAGUCUGCUUUCACCGCGUUGUUGACCUUGUUUUUAUUUGUUUGCUGUCGUUGCAGUUUGGAGCAGAGACGCAGCAAAGCAAAGUGGCUCCCAGCUCUGCAGCCACCAGACCGAUCCAGUCCAGCAGAGAGCAGGGAGGGAAGAGCGAGAUAUUUGUGGACGUGAUUGAGAGGAUGACGGUUGUCCUCGGCUCCAACGGAGUUCUGAUGAAGGCAGACGUGGAGGGCGAGAUCAGAGUGAAGUGCUACAUGCCGAGCUGCUCAGAGAUGCGAAUCGGACUGAACGAAGAGUUCAGCAUCGGCAAGUCUCAGCUCAGAGGUUACGGAGCCGCUGUUCGGGUCGACGAGUGCAGCUUUCACCAGGCGGUGCGGCUGGACGAGUUUGACAGCCAUCGGAUCCUCCGACUGUGUCCCAGCCAGGGAGAGCAAACUGUGAUGCAGUACCAGCUCAGCGACGACCUGCCGUCUGCGCUUCCUUUCCGCCUCUUCCCCACCAUCGAGAGAGACAACGGAGGAAGGCUGCUGAUGUACAUGAAGCUUCGCUGCGAUCUGCCACCAAAGAGCGCCGCCAUCAACGUGUGUGCCACCAUCCCCGUCCCCAAAGGCUCUGUGAGCGGGCUGAUCGCUCUGUUAGGUCUGAAAGGACAUCCUCCAAACAAGAGGCAAAAUGGUCAUGUGAUCACUGAAAUCAAGAUGGAGGACGGUGCACUGGAGGUCCCCAGCCUCAGCUCGGCCUCGAUGUUGGAGGUCGGUCCGGUGGGUCUGAGCUUCGAGCUGCCGAAGAUCACCGCCACGGGGCUGCAGAUCCGCUUCCUGCGCCUGUCGCCCAUCCAGCCGGGCCCCUCGCAGCGUUGGGUCCGAUACGUCACCCACUCGGACUCCUACACGAUCCGGAUCUGAACAUUUGGAUGAUCUUACUGACUGAUCACAGGACUGGAGACGAGACACGUGACAUCAAUAACGCAAAUGUGAUUCUCGCUCUUUCAUCCUUUUGUGACUCUGUGUUUGGUGGUUUGUGCAGAAUCGGAGCGACGUGCUGAUUCAGUUGAAUCAUUUCUGCUCGCUGACCAGUUCCACUUCUCUUUGUCCUCCUUGCAUUUAACCUUUAGGCAUGACAUAAAGUUGAAAUUAAAAUUGAGCUUUAGGA